UGUGUUUAUUGGUUAGUAUUUGUUGCGAUUGAGGUUAGGAAAACUAUUUUUCUUCUCGUGAUGGGUGACUCCAAUUUAAACUCUAAAGUUAAAACAAGCGGGCAAGAUCCAGUGCUGAAGCAAGCAGAAAUAGACUACAUGAAAAUUAUUGAACAGAAAAAUCGUGAACGUGUCCAAAAGUUGCAACAGAUAUCAAAAAAGAACAGAUAUACUGGAUUAGCCAUUGGUGCCGGUGUAUUCAGUAUAUAUAUGUAUUCUAUCCUUGCUGUUAAGCAGGAAACGUUCCUCGACGACUUUGAAGAACCAGUAAAAGUGCAGCAAUAA